AUGGCCCGUCCACCAAGCUCCGGAGGGGAUAUAAUCCUCUAUGUCCUCGCUCUUCUGAUUCCCCCAGUACCAGUCUUCAUGAAGCGAGGAUGUGGCGGGGAUGUGAUCAUCAAUAUCUUGUUGUGGAUCCUGGGGUGGAUCCCAGGCGUGAUACAUGCGUGGUGGAUCAUCUCAAAGUACGAGGUGCCAGCUGUCAGAGGAUACUAG